AUGUCAAGCACUUCAUUGAUCACCCUUCACACGCUUCCAAUCUUCGCUUCGAUUGCUAGCAUUGAUUUCUCAAAUCCCUCCCGGUAUUUUCCCCAGGAGCUGUGCGCAAUCCCCUCAAGGAGCCGAUUGAUCGAGCAGCAAGAUGAGGUUUUCGCGAACGGGCUUCUCCAAAAUCUUGUCCGCGAUGGAGCCCUAGAGGAAGCUCUCAAUCUCUUCCAAGCAACAGCCCACAGGUGGGAUGUAAUCUCGUGGUCUUGCCUCAUCGCAGCAAAUUCUCGCAAUGGGGAUUCCCGGGCGGCUUUAUCCUUGCUGCGAUCGAUGCUUCUCCACGGCGUUCCGCCCAACAAGAUCACUCUCAUCUCGGCUGCCACUGCCGCAGCUCACUCCAAGAUACCUGCCGAGGGCGAAUUCGUCCACGAUCUCGCGCUCCAGGGCGGUUGGAUCAGAGAUCUCGCCCUCUCCAGCGCGCUACUCAACAUGUAUGGCAAGUAUGGCCUCCUGAAUCGAAUGGAAGCGAUCUUCGAGCAAAUCGAGGAGAGGAAUCCAAUCAGCUGGACGGCAGUAAUUGCCGCAAAUACCAAGUCUGGGGAUUUGCCGCGAGCACUGGAGCUCUUUUCGGCGAUGCUGCUUGACGGUGUUCUUCCUGACGCGGUGACGCUGCUCACGAUGGCAAACGCUUGCUCGAGAAUGGGAUCGAUCCAGGCGGCCAGGAGAAUCCACCGGCUGAUCGAGGAGAGUGGGUUCCUUCUUCUUCUCGAAGCUGGAUCAUCGCCCACGGGGAGCUUCGAUCGAUCACGAGCUCUCAUGCUUGCCAACGCCAUCAUCGACAUGUAUGGCGAGUGUGGAUCCACAUCGUGCGCUCGGGCAGCGUUUGAUUCCAUGGCGAUGAUCCGCGACGACGUGAGCUGGAACUCGAUGAUCGGGGCUCUCGCUAGAAACGGAGAGGCAAUCGAGGCAAUUGUGAUCUUCCAUCGAAUGCUGCUCGAUGGAAUCCAUCCUACGAAGGUAACGUUCUUGGAGAUCCUUCACGCUUUCUCACAAUCACACUCUUCUCUUACAGCUCAUCGAUCGAUUGAGCUUGUGCACGGACAGAUCCAAUCCCGUGGGCUGGAAUGCGAUGCUCUGAUCGCUGCGGGGCUCAUCCCCACACUCGCGAGGAUCAAUCGAUUGGAGGAAGCCACGCGGAUUUUCCAUGGAGCUCGCGAUUGUCACGACGUGGUGCUGUGGACGACGAUCAUCGCUGCCUACGCUCAAAAGGAUCGCCCUCGAGAGGCUAUGGCUUUCUUCAGGCGAAUGCUCCUGGAAGGAUUCCUGGCAAACGGCUACUCGAUCGUCGCGGUGCUGGAAUCGUGCUGCUCGAUCGCGGAUGGAAUACUGCUGGAGUCGUGCGCCCGCGAGAUGAUCAGUCGAGGAAGAUCGUCUCUUCCCAUGGACGUCAUCGUGGAGAAUUCGCUUCUCAGCAUGUUUAGCCGGUGUGGAUCCAUCGAGGACACUUCACGGAUCUUCUCUGGGAUGGACGAGCGCCAAGACACUGUCUCGUGGAACAGCAUGAUCGUGGCGCUCUCCCAGCACGAUCGACCGGGCGAGGCACUCGCGAUCUACCGGAAGAUGCUGCUCCAUGGUGUCGGGCCCGAAAAGAUCACCUUCGUGGCGGCUCUGGACGCGUGCUCCAAGAGCUCGGAUGGAUCGGCUCCAGCUGAUCGUGCAGCUUCGCUGGAGAUCUGCGCGCUAAUCCUCGAAGCCGGGCAUGGAUCGGACACGGCAGUGGGGGCGGCGAUGGUCGCGAUCCAUGGCAAGCACGGGGAAUUCGAUCGAGCAAUGGAAUGCAUGGAUGGGAUCCACAAGAAGGAUAUCUUUGCGUGGAGCGCGAUGGUGUCCGCGUACGCCCAGCACGAACGCUGUGUGGAGGCGAUUGGGUUUUUCCGAGAGAUGGUGCUGGAUGGAGUGGAGGCGAACGAUGUGAUCUUCGUGACUGUCCUAUCAGCUCUUGGCCAUGCUGGAUCGAUCGAGGAGUGCUGCCGGUACUUUGGUGGAUUGGAAGUGGAAUUUGGGAUGAGGCCGAGCUUGCCUCACUAUGGGUGUGUGAUUGACAUGCUCAGCAGAGCAGGGCAUUUGGCGGAGGCAGUAAGUGUGAUGGAGCAAAUGCCAUCACAAGACAGGGUUACAUGGAUGAGUGUGCUUGGGGGUUGUAGAUUGUAUGGAGACCCACAACAAGGAAACAAAAUGGCCAGGACGUUAAUAGGAUCUAAUCCUGAUAAUGCUUCAGCUUAUGUCGCUCUUACCAAUAUUUAUCGUUAG